AUGGUUUAUAAAUCUACAAAUGUAAGGAUACAUUAUAUUGACACAAGUAAAUUGCCUUCACAAAAAUUUUACCAAAUACUACAUGAUAGAUCCACGGAUCUAUCAAAUAAUGAAGAAUAUUGUAAUUCCUUCAGUUAUUCGUUUGGUAAAGAAAAACAAAUUACAGAUUUUUGUUUAAAACUUCGUAUAUUAACGCAAAUAUUUCUUGAUGGAUUAAUAUUCAAUUCCGAAGAAUGUAAUCUUGACGAUGUUAUCUCGUAUCGUAAUUGGAAAAACGUGAAAGAACUGUGUGAUUACUUUGUAGACUAUAAUUACCUUAUUAGCUUGGCGGAACCAUCUAAUGCAAAUUGUAUCGAUUAUUUAAAUUACAUUGAAAAAAAGACUACUGUAUUUCAAGAGAUAGAGAAUUAUUGUAAUAAAAAGAUUAGCUCGCAGUGUCCUAAUUUUUAUAAUAAAUUUUUAUCUUAUAAUCCCAAAAGUGUGUUAUCUACAAUAACAUGUAAAAGUACUUUACCGAAAGAAGAGAAAGCUUUAGAGAUUCCUCUUAAAAUAUAUAAUAGCACAACUACCUUUGGUAAGAUUCUUCUAGGAUUAGCUUUUACAUCUAUGUUUUUUGCAACUAUAUAUAAAUUUACACCUAUAGGAAAACAGUUACAAAAUAACUUUCCAAAUAUAAAAAAUAGGAUAAGAAAUCUAAAUGAAAAAGUAAAAAGAUUAUUCUUCCAUAGAUCAGAAAACUUUAACCCAUUAUGCGAAUAUUUAGAAAAAAAAUACAUAGGAUAUAACCCAGUAUAA